AUGGCUCCGCGUCAAGCGACACACGUGCAGAUUCGGGAGAAUGCAAGCGGAUCUCGAGGCAUCCGGAGAGAGCUCCGGAGCUGGAGAAAAUGGUUCGAGUUGCUCUCCUACAAAGAUUGUAUGAUAGCCACGGCAACCACGAUGCUCUACAAGAAAGUAAUGUCAACAAACAGAUGGCAGAACCCCUCCAAAUUUCAAUUGAAUGGCCGCAAACGCAAGCGAGUUCUACCAAUUUCACCACCACGGUGUUUACCUACACGUAAACAACGGUACCCCGAACUUGAGGAUUCGCCUGAUGAUUCAAAUCCGUCCUCAAGGCUGUCACGGACCGACGACAGACUCGCUGAACAUUGGGUGCUUCACGAAUGCGAGUGGCCUAAAGAGCUUUUAAGACCCAAUCCCAUAGAGCAAUUUUAUGCGCGACCAAAACUCCAGACGAAGUCAACUAGUUUGAACACUGCAAGUGAAACGACUUCACAAAGUACACAGAGAAACCCUUACAACCUCACAUACUACGCUACAUAUCUCGAGACAAAGGGCUGUUUUAUAUAUGACCAUGAUGGCGGUGUUGAUAGUGACAAAAGAGUUGUCUGUUCUCAAUUACUGAGUACAAAUCCGGAGCUCCCUAGUAAAACUGUGUUUGAAGUGAAGUGUGGAAACACCUUGAUAUUGCAGAUCGACAGAAUGCACACUUCAUUGCUCUCUCAUGACUGGGCGUCUUCUCAUUUUAAAAGAUUGUGCUCUGCUAUUGAUGAGCUACAGGCCGUUGACUUUGACAUGUUGCAGCAGCCGGAGACGCCACAUCAACCUGAGGUUUUACAUCAGUUGAAGCUGAGUUUCUCGAAAUCAACCGGACUUUCACAAGGUGCCGAAGGUGUUGAUAUACAGGGUUCAAGUGCUACCUCUCUAUUGAAGAAAACUGGAGCCGCUCCGCAGAAUACUCCCUCAGGUGCACCCGAAAAGAAAUCUGCAGAAGCGUUCAAAGUGCCAGGGAAAAUACGCCGAUAUUAUUAG